CAAGAUGCCCGUCGUCGGACUCAACGACCUCAAGGAUGAGGGCACCGAGAAGGAGGACGCCGAGCGGCAGGCCUACUACGCCGGCGGCCAGGGCCGCGGCGGAGGCGGCUCGGGGCAGGAGGUGCUCGACCCACGCGAUCUGAUGAAGCGCGCGCGCGACGAGAUGGGCGCGGAGACGGAGGGCGAGUGGCGCGCCAACCAGCCGAGCGGCGCGGUCGCCUUUGCCGGCGCGGGCCAGUCGCUCGACGGCGCCACCUCGGUCCCCGGCGCCGCGCUGCCCGCGCGCCCGACAGAGCACACGAUCACCUUCUGGUCAAACGGCUUCUCCGUGGACGACGGUCCGCUGCGCGACACCUCCGACCCCGCCAACGCCUCCUUCAUGCGCGACAUCAACGAGGGGCGGCUUCCGUCGGAGCUCUCCGCCGAGGAGGGUGCCGAGUCGGACGUGCACCUCAUCGACAAGUCUGGCGAACCGUACAAGCCCCCGCCCGCCACGCUCAAGCCCUUCGGCGGCGAGGGACGCACGAUGCGCGACGAGGCCUCCUCCUCCUCCUCAGCGGCGCCGCCGCCCGAGGCCGCGGAGCUGGUGCUGGACGAGUCGCAGCCCACGACGACGCUGCAGGUCCGUCUGCACGACGGCUCGCGGAAGCUCGUCAAGGCGAACCACUCCCACACCGUGGCGCAGCUGCAGGCGCACGUCGCCGCGCUCACGCCCGGCGUGUCCUUUGAGCUGCGCGGCGGCUUCCCGCCCAAACCGCUCACUCCGUCCGCCGACAAGACGCUCAAGGAGGCGGGCCUCCUCUCCGAGUCGAUCGUGCAGAGCACUUGCUAGAGGUUGAGGGCGGGCGACAUCGCCCG